AUGGCAAACAUCUUGGUUGGUUCUUCUCGCUACUUACUAAGAUUAAACUACUCGAACUAUUCUCUCAAACGCGACAUAGGUUCUGUCUCAACGAGAUUCAGAAUGUCUCAGCAAUCGAGUGAUAGAUCUCCCAUAUCUAACUCAGCAACACCGGAAGAGUCCUCUAACCCUAAUAGGAUUCUGAAGGUUGUACCUCUAAGGGCGAUUAGCAGUGAUGAAGUCAGGGCCACAAUGCCUAAAACGACUCAUGCAAAACGGCCUAAGGAGGGUUCUCGUAACAAGGGCACAAAACCCUCUGUAUCUGCUACCAUGGAGGAACUUACUAAAGAAGGAUCCAAAUAUGUCGAUAAGGUAAUUACCAGGAUUGUUACUCGCAUUCUGAAGGAAAAUCAUCGAGUACCUGGGAUAUCUGUACCUCUUCAAACCAUAAUGGUUGUUCCCCUCAAAAACACCAGUAAGGCUGAAGCUGCUCACACCGUUGGUAGUGACCCAACUGAAGAGGAGAUCAACAAGGAUGGAAAAGGGAUUGUUGAGAAUACCAAUGUUACUGAGGAUGUCAAUGACAUCAAAGAUAAUGAGCACCCUAAGGCCAAUACUGAAACUGUUACUAAUGUGGUAGACUUAGAUGAGUACUCUGACAACGAAUUACUUACCUCCUUGAAUCCAAGUGUAGCCAACAGGCUAAUGAAAAGAAGAAAAGAUAAAGCUAUAGUCCAAAGAUCCCCUAAAAAGAGCACACAAGUGAAAAGCCCUACCAAAGAUGCUGUCAGAAAGAAGAGUACUUCUGCUGGUCCUAUCAAGAGCAAAGUUGUAACUAAAAGUACAGGAGUUGGCCCAUCAAAAUCUUGGAGCAAGGUCAUUCCAAAGAAAAGAAAGGAGCGGAAAAUUGUUGAGCCUGAGUCUGAUGUUGAAGUGAAUGUUCCUGACAUCCCAUCAAGGAAGAAGGGUACAACCAGCAAGCUUGCUGCUAGUAUUCCUGAAGUUCCUAUUAAUAAUGUGUCAUUCCACAAUGCCUCUAGUGCCAGCAGGUGGAAAUAUGUACUCCAAAAGAGAUUGGCUGUUGAAAGUGUCAUACCCUAA